AUGGCCACCCAGUUCGCUUCCCGUCAGCCUGAGAUUGGCAUGGAGAAGGUUAUGCCUACCCGCCAGGACUCUGGAUACGCUUCUCCUUGCGACUCUCCCCGCUUGACCGUCAGACUCAACGACGGCAACGAGAUCCCUCAGAUCGCCCUCGGUGUCUACAAGGCCCCCAACGGCCAGGAGACUGAGGAUGCCGUCAUUGCCGCUCUUGACGCCGGCUACCGCCACAUCGACUCUGCCGCCAGAUACGCCAACGAGGAGGCUUGCGGCCGCGCCUUGAAGAAGUGGUUCCAGAAGACCGGCACCCCCAGAUCUGAGGUCUUCGUCACCACCAAGCUUUGGGACGCUGACCACGGCUACGAGGCCACCUUCAAGGCUCUCUGCGACUCCCUUGAGAAGUUUGGCCUCGACUACUUCGACCUCUACCUCAUUCACUCCCCCUCCGACAACAAGGAGAAGCGUAUUGCUUCCUGGAGGGCCCUCGAGACUGCUCAGCGCCUCGGCAAGGUCCGCUCCAUCGGUGUCUCCAACUUCAGCUCCCAGCACCUUGAGGAGCUGAUGCAGGAGACCUCCGUCGUCCCUGCCGUCAACCAGAUCGAGGUUCACCCCUUCUGCCAGCGCCAGGACCUCGUCGACACCUGCCGCAAGCACGGCAUCGCCAUCGAGGCCUACUCUCCCCUCGCUCGCGGCAACAAGCUCGAGGACCCCACCGUCGGCAAGAUCGCUGAGAAGUACGGCAAGACCCCUGCUCAGAUCCUGCUGAACUGGAACGCCGCCCGCGGCAACAUCGUCCUCCCCAAAUCUCUCACUGCCCACCGCAUCAAGUCCAACUUCGAGUCCUUUGACUUUGAGCUCUCCCAGGAGGACAUCGCCACCAUUGACGCUCUUGAUGAGAACUACGUCACCGGCUCCCUUCACAAGGAGUAA